UGAAACACAGACCGUGCUGUGUUUUAUUUUGAAAGGUGUAACAGGAAGUGAUCCAGUGAUUGACGCAGGAGAAGCUGCAGCAGCGGAACAAAGAAGAAGAGACAGAAAAAGGUUUAAAGAUGAAGGAGAAGUCAAACAGCCAAUACGAGUCCUUCCACUUCUGGAGGCAGCCAAUCCCAGCCCUCGAUCUGUCCGAGCUGGAGGAUCUAGGUUUGACUGACGGUCAGUCGACCAAUGGCAGAAAAGGAAAAGACAAGCCGUCCAAACUUAGGCGUCAGAACGAGGAGACGAAGCUGCAGGAGUUUUCCUCCUUUAACUACUGGAGAUCUCCAAUCGCUGAGGUGGACGCUCUGCUCGCCGACCUCAACCUGCUGCUGUGAGAGUGGCCUCAACUGACCUCUGACCCCCUGACCUGUGACCCCAGACUACAUGUCCCCAGACCACCUCUCACCAGCCUCACUUGAUCUGUGACCCCGGAUCCUGGAUUAGUCUCUUGCUCCAGCUUGAAGUUUUUCUUUAGAAGCAUUUACAGAACAUUUGUGUUUUUUAGUGAAUUCGUCAGAAAAUUAAAAACCAGAGUCUGCAGAGACUGGUCCUGGUCCUGGUUCAGAUUCAUGUUCUGGUCCUGGUUCAGAUUCUGGUUCAGAUUAGCGUCCGUCAGCUUCGUGCUCACUCUGACCCAGUGGUGUAUGAAGAUGCAUCACACUCACUGAAGAUGUGAUGAUGUCAUAGUGAAGAACUGAUGGAACAGGAAGUGGAUCACAGGAAGAGGAAAUCAUGACAUCAUCGGGUCUCCGUUAUGAAUGUGAUGCACCUCUCGAGUAUUUGUCCAUGUCUGAUCAAUAAUUUAUCAUUAUCACUUUAUUUCAGAUAAUGACCCGAAUGUUCUUCAUUGUCACAUAAAUUAUUUAUUUAUUAGACGAGUUCUACCUGUGAGACGUUUCAUCAGUUUCUAUUUGUGCCUUUUUUCUUUUCACCUUCAGCUGCUUUGUUCAGUCGUCUUGAUUAUUUAUUGAUUUCUCAUGCUGCUGUUUGACCCACUUUGAGAAAGUCCUGUCAGAAUGUAAUGUUCACACUCACCAAUAAAACGUCAUUGAUUGCUCGACAUCA